UCCUACAGAGCCAAUUCCCCCCCAACCAGUUCUUUCUCUUUCAAUCAUCAACACCCAAAGAAUCCGAACCCAAACAGGCUCUAUUUUCUCUCGUUUUCUUUUGCAGGAAAAUGUCUGCCGGACUUGGAAAAUGCAGCAAAAUCCUUCACAUUGUUAGGCUAAGACAAUUGCUACGAAGGUGGCGUAACAAGGCCCGCAUGUCAGCGAAUCGCGUACCGUCGGAUGUUCCCGCCGGAUAUGUGGCGGUGUGCGUUGGCAGCAGUUACAGGAGAUUUGUGGUGCGUGCGACGUACCUUAACCAUCCCAUCUUCAAGAACAUACUUGUCGAAGCUGAGGAAGAGUACGGAUUCACUAACCAAGGUCCAUUGGCUAUCCCAUGCGACGAGUCCGUGUUUGAAGAGGCGCUUCGACUCAUCUCACGGUCGUCGGAAUCCGGACGCUCAUCUCGGUUCGCGAAUCUCGAAGAUUUUCAGAGCUACUGCCACGUGGACAUCAAGAAAAAACUUGAUUUUUGGACUGAAUCUCAACCUCUUCUUCAUGGAGUUGGCAAUAAAAGUAUAUGGUAAGCAAAUAAGGCAUGAAAAAAUUUGAAGUUAACUGGUUUGAUUGAUUCUGACCCGGUUUGACUCAGUCCGAGUUAUCUCGCUCGUUCGUUUCGUGGGGAAACGAAAUCUUGAAGUGAAAAGUAAAAAAUAAAAUAAAAUACAGUGGCCGACUGAGUCUACUGAUUCGAAGUUGAGUUUACUAAUUUUUGGGUUUGAUACUUGCCAAUAAGGAAAGGUAAGUAGGUGGGUGUAUAUUUGUGUAAGAUUUGAGGUGAGUCGUGAUAUAAAUUGCUGCGGAGAAUGCAUGGAGAUGGCAAAAUGGGGGGUGAGUUAUCCGCCGAGUCGUCCCGGGUUCUGAAUAGGAGUUAAAGAGGAAGAGGAAGAAGAAGACUCGAAGUUGAAGUGAUUGUUAAUUACUCACUGUUGUAAAUUAUGUGAUUUAUUGAUUGUUUUUUCCUUCGAGCA